GGUCUGCAGAUGGACAACAGAUGGACAACAGAUGGACAUCAGGAAUGUGUAAGCUGGAUGUAGAACAUCAAACACUUCUGCAGAGAGUCCCACAGGACUGACAUCACACGGCAGCGUCCAGCUUCACGUCCUUCCUGUGGACUCGUUAUAAACCAUCAGCUGACGCGCCGACAGGAAUUAUCACAAACAUUUUCUCUUUGUUAUUUCAGUGUUCUCAGAAAAAAAAGGAAAGUUUCAGCAGGCUCGUGUCUGACUUUGAAGUGAGUCCUGAUAUAUGAUGCUCGGCCUGAGAUGGGAGUGGAGAGCGGAGAGCCUCCCUCCUCUGCUCAUAAGAGGGUCGGCUCUGCCCUCGCUGCUUUUUGACUGUUCUCUCACUGCAGGUUUGAGGAUGAAGGCUGCUGCAGCUCUGCUCAUCUUAUCAGCGACUCUGUGUGCUGCUCAGAAACCCAAAGUGAAGACAGAGUGGGACUACAGGAACGAAGCAGAGAGAGUGAACACCAAAGGAUGUGCCAACCUCACGCUGGUGUUAGACAACUGGAAAUACGCCAUCAUGACGCAGGUCAAAGAUCUGCUGCUGCAUGACCACAACACUGUGCUGCCCGACUAUGGAAGGAUCCAGCCUCUGUCAGACGCCCUGGGAGAUCUGUACAAGGAGUUCAACAGCAUGAAGGAGCACCUCGCGGAGCUCACGGCCAAGUUUGACGGAGUGGAGUCCUUCGUGGACAGUAUGCGAUCAGGAAGGAAGCCUGCGCCGAUGCGGGGUGAACCCAGACCGCCGGGGUUAGUGCUGAGAGAGAGGGAGGCUGCAGCCACUGAUGCAGGAGGUCGACCUCCAGGAAGGAGGAGCAGGGUCAUCGUGAGGAGGAUCAAGAAACCUGUGCAGGACUGAGGCAUGGACUGGAGGAGACGAGGAGUUUCUGGAAGAAGUUCCUCUUAUUAUCUCUUCAUAAGUAAUUUCUGUCUGUCCAUGAUUUCAUCAUGAAGAGCAAAGCAGAAACUGAACAUAUCUGUCAUGGUGGGAAUCUGUGUUUUCACUUCUGUCACAUGUCUGAAUGAAAGAUCACAUGACACACUGCAGGACACAAACCCAGAACAGUGACGGGAACAUAUUUAACAUCAUCCACCUCUUCUUCUCCCUGGACUGUUUCUGACAGACAGACAGACAGACAGACAGACAGACACACAGAC